CAUUCAUCCCACCAUAAAUUCCCUCCUCCGACUUCUCUUCCUUCAAGGACCACGCCUCCAUUUUCCCAAACACAAAAGAUGGCGAUAAUGAAGCUUCUUUUGCUGGUCCUCUGCUAUUCCAUUCUCACUACUUCAGCUCAGUCGCCGGCCACCGCGCCUUCACCCUCAUCCGCCCCCACUGAUAUCAUCAGGAUCCUCAAGAAGGCGGGAGGGUUCACCACCCUAAUUCGUCUCCUCAAAACCACCCAAGUCUAUACUCAAAUAAACUCCCAACUCUUGAACUCCAACAAUGGCAUGACCUUCUUUGCACCCACUGACAAUGCCUUUGCUAGCCUCAAACCUGGAUUCCUCAAUUCCCUCGAUGACCAGCAGAAGACCGAGCUCAUUCAAUUUCACUUGCUGGCCACAUUUGUUGCCAUCUCCAAUUUUGAUACUCUGAGCAACCCAGUGAGAACACAAGCCGGUGAUGAUCCUAACAGGCUGGCAUUGAAUGUGACGAGUUCCGGAAACCAAGUGAAUAUGACAACGGGCGUUGUUAAUACAACUAUAGGUGGUACUGUGUAUUCUGAUCAUCAGCUUGUUGUUUAUCAGCUGGACCAGGUGCUUCUUCCUCGAGACUUCUUCGUUCCCAAGCCUCCCCCACCGGCACCGGCACCGACUUCUAAGAAGAAAACUGCGGAUGUUCCAGCUCCUCAAGCGGAUGACGCUGCUGCUCUGAGUUUGAAACAUAGGAAUGGGGCGUUGGUGAUUAUUGCAGUUGCUGCAGUAGCAUUGUGGUUGUGACAAGGGAACUUGAUUCAGAAAUAUCUUAAGAUGAUGGACCUUCCGUUUUUCGUGUAGUGCUUCCAAAGUAAUUUUGUUUUUAUUCCGUUUGUCCCCAUCCCUUCUUGUCUCUCUUUUUUCUUUUGUGAAUCUAAUUCAAUCUGUGGU